AUGGCGGAUCAGGCGAACAAGUACGAUGGCUUGCUGGCCAAGUACGCCGAGCUGAAGCAGAAGCACACGGUGCUGAAGCGAGCCAUGAAGGAGAUGCAGGCCCAACAACAGCAAGGCCAGCAACAACAUGGCCAGCAUGGGCAGCAAGGGCAGGGGCCGUCUGAAGGUUAUGCGGACGCAACCAUGAGCCUCAAGGAGCAACUUCGUGGCCGAGAUCAGCGUAUCCGCGAUCUACGGCAAGAACUGGACGCCAUGACCUUCCAACGCGACCAGCUGUCGCGCCGCGUGGAGGUGCUGCAGGAGGAUGUGCGGCAGUCGUCAUCUGCGGGCAGCCGCUCGAAGAAAGGCCAAAUCGCCAAGCUCAACGAGGCCAUGGCCAUCCAGGGCGAGGAGUUGCAGAGGAAGAUUGAGGAGAACGCAAAACUGCACACGCUCGUCUCCGACCUCAACAACAAACUUGCAGACAUGCAGCGCAGAUACAAGCAGGCCAUGGCGCAGGCAAAGGCGAGCGCACUCGGUGCGACGGCUGAUGCGACGCGGGAGUUGCAGCAGCAACUUGACGAGAGGACAGAGGAGGCAGAGAGGCACAAGUUCAACACAAUCCAGCUGCAGAGAGAGCUGGACACGGUGCGUGAAACCCUGCGAACGACAGCACAAGAAGCAGAAAAGACAGCACGGGAGUGGCAGGAGAAACAUUCCGCCCUGCAGGAAGCACACCGCGUUACCCUGCUCCAACUCGAACAACAGCGGCCUGCGUUUGACAGCACGGCGUGUGCGCCACUGCUCCGGUUCAACCUGCACCACACCACGCGUGCCCAGCGUGAUGCUCUUGUCCAACUCCGCGAACACGGCCAGUCGCUCGUGUCGGCCGCCAUAUCCAACAUUGUCGCCUUUCUCGCAAACUUUGAGGACCGCGCACAGCAACUGCAGCACCACUUCCCGCUGUCGUCGCCUGGCGUGCAUGAUCUCAUGCAUCUACUGCAGCAGCGCUCCCAGUCGCUCGCACGCAUCACAGCCGCGUACACGAGCUGGGUGUCGGAUGGAGAUUCCACCGCGUUUCAAACGGCCCUCUACUCUGGCGCCGUCUACUUGCAGGACAUUGCGCAACACUUUGCGGUGUAUGAGCAGGUGCAGUCGUCCAGCGAUGCGUGCACGGAUGCUCUUUGCGACAUCAACGCCGACAUCUCCAAACACAUGCACACACUGGCGAGUGCCGUCUUGCGAACGAGCACACACGUGUCGGCUGUCCUGCACCACGCGAACAACAGCAGCAACGACACCAGCAACACGCACACGAGCGAAAAGGCCGCUGACAACAACAACAACAACAACAACAACAACAACAACAACAACAACAAAGACAACAAAGACAACAACACUCGCCACCGGCUAUCGCCCGCUGUUGCGUUUGUGCAAGUCGUGACAUCACUCCGUGAUAUGCAAUCAUCUGCAAAGCAGCUGUGCGCAUCGUUCAAGAGCAAGACAGCGCUGGAGGCGCGCUUGCUGGACCUGGAUGAUGCAACAACAACCACCGACACCAUGCUCAACAGUGCGCUGUCGAAGCUUGCAAGCACGCUUGAUCGCACAUGUGCGUUCUUUCGCGAUCAGCGACGCACGCUCUCUGGACAGCUGUUUGCGUGUCGGGGACAGGCAGGACCGCCGUUCAUGCUGGAGAAGGACCUGGGUGGACAAUUUGUCCACCAAAAGGAGUUGAUGGCGCGUGCGCGGCGGCUGAUGUCGCGAACACAUGUACAGGACGAUGGGACGCUUGACACGCCCGCGGAACCAGCGCACACCACCGCAUACGCGCCAGCAGCAACAGCAACAGCAACAGCAACAGCAACAGCAACAGCGUCAUCAGCACAUGCACAAGACGAUGCUGGCGUGUCGAAUUCGCCGUCCAAUCGGCAGCAGCAGCAGGAACACCUGUCCACCAAUGGCAUUUCAUCACAACCACAGGGCGCCUCGCCUGAUGCAUUCGCUGCACUCAAAGACAAGGUGUCAUCGCUAACAGCUGAGCUGGAGAAGGCGCGACACGACAGAGAACAGGCCCUCCUCGAUGUCGACUUGCUUCGUGUUCGUCUCCAGUCAUCACAGAAACAGCAGCAGCAGCAGCAGCAGCAGGGAAGUAGCUCGCAGGACGCGGGAGUGGCAGGAACGAAACACAACCAAGCAACAGAUCAACAAGGCCAAGCAUCACAGCAACCAGCGCAGCAACAACCAUCAUCAACAGAAGCAUCAGCGGCACCCCCACCCGUGCAGGCGGCACUCGCAGAGAUGGCGCAACGUGAGCGUCUCAUCAAGUCGCAUUAUGCGGACCGCGUUGCCAACCUCGCCGAGCUGCUGCGCUGUGCAGACGCAAAGGCCGUGGCGUACCAGGAGGAGUGCAUGGCGCUCGUGCACAAGCUGCGACGCGCACAGACAACCCAGCAGCAGCAGCGGCAGCGACAACAGCAGUCGAAACAGCACGGCCAGCAGGAGGCGGUGGCGGUGGCAGCCAAGAUGCAGCACAUGGAGGAGACACUCACCACCACCAAGAAGAACUACGAGGCACAGAUUGCUGCACUGUCGGACACGCUCGUGUCGCUGCAGGCGCAGUUGAAGGCGAGCGAGGACCGCGCCGGCCAACUUGAGAGCGCAAUCAGAUCACGCAGGAGAUGACGCCGCGUGUCUGUGUGUGUGUCUGUGUCUGUGUGUAUGCAUGUGUAUGUAUGUGUAUGUAUGUGUAUGUAAGUGUGUGUAUGUGUGUGUAUGUGUGUGUAUGUGU